AUGUUCAGUUGUCAAUAUGCAUCAAGAAACAUUUCCAAAGGUGUGUUCCUAUUACCUCUCACUCUACUUCUUGUCGUGCUACUCCUUCCUCUGAUCAGAAACUUGAAUCAAAGAUAUUCUAAGACAUAUGCAAACAACUUGGAAAACAAAGAAACAAGGAGAUGCAACUUAUUUUCUGGAACUUGGUCUCCUUAUCCUGAAGAACCUUAUUACAGCAAUUCAACCUGCCCUUAUAGAACAGACAAACAGAAUUGCUUCAUGCAUGGUAGACCCGACAGGGAGUUCCUCAAAUGGAGAUGGAAACCCGAUGAAUGUGAGCUUCCGCUAUUUGAUGCAACUCAAUUCUUGAACCUUGUUAGGGGAAAGUCCAUGGCUUUUGUUGGUGACUCGAUUGGGAGAAAUCAGGUUGAGUCAUUGCUGUGCCUUAUAAAUAGUGUUGCUCAUCCUGAGGAUAUUACUGCUAGAUAUACAAAUCACACGUUUUUCAAAUGGUGGUUCAGUGCUGAUUUCAAUUUAACAGUCACAAUGUUGUGGUCUCCGUUUCUAGUCAAAUCCAUCGACGCUGAUCUCAAUGCAAGUUCUUACUACCGAGCCACAGAACUCUAUCUAGAUGAGGCAGAUAGAGCAUGGGCAAGUAAAGUUGAAAAUUUUGAUUAUGUGAUUUUCUCAACUGGACAAUGGUUCUUCCGGCCAUUUACAUUCUACGAAAAUGGGAAAGUUGUUGGGUGUCAAAGAUGCGAGAAGAACAUGACAGAGCUUAACUUCUAUGGAUAUAGAAGAGCAUUCCGAACGGCUUUUAGAACAAUAAGAGAUCUUAAAGGGUUCAAGGGGUUGACAUUUUUGGUGACUCACUCUCCAGAUCACUUUGAGAAUGGGAUGUGGAAUGAAGGAGGGAGUUGUAAUAGAACAAAGCCCUUUACCGUGGAAGAAAGACGAGAGUAUAAAAAUGGGGAUAUUUUGGAGACAUUGCAUCACAUACAAGUGGAGGAAUUUGCAGUAGCAGAAAAGGAAGGCAGAAAAAAGGGUUUGUAUUUUGGAAUGAUUGAUAUAACUGAUCCAAUGGCGAUGAGGCCUGAUGGACACCCCAAUAGAUAUGGGAAAGUGGUUGAUAAAACUGUGACGAUCAAUGACUGUGUCCAUUGGUGCAUGCCAGGUCCCGUUGACUCUUGGAAUGAGUUUUUGCUCUAUAUGAUGAAACUGCAUAGUGAAAACGGAGACAUGGUAUAA